CCGUGCUCUGCCUCCUGUGGUCGAGGCCUGAUGGAGCUGCACUUUGUGUGCAUGGACUCUGCCCUGGGGACCUCUGUCCGGGAAGAGCUAUGUGACCUGGAAAGCAAGCCUGGGAGCCGGCAGGAGGCCUGCCAGGCUGCCCCUUGCCCGGCUUGGUGGGAGACCCGAGCCUUGGCACCGUGCCCAGUGACCUGCGGAGGGGGGCGGGUGCCACUGGCCGUUCGCUGCGUGAGGCUGGACCACGGCCGCCGUGUCCCCCUGCCUCACUCUGAGUGCUGGCCGGUGCCCAGGCCCCGCCCCGUUGAGGACUGCAGUCUGGAGCCCUGCCCAGCCAGGCGUGGGUCCCACUGGUGUCCUAGAAGGCUGUGGUGGCUUUAAAGCAUGUGAGUCGCGUCACAGGGGAUCUGGGAUGCUGUGGGCACACGCGGCUGGUGGUUCAUUUGUCAUCACUUGCUCUUCACUGAGCACCUGCUAUGCCCAGCGGCCGUUCUGACAGUAGAGACACAGCAGUGAGCAGGACAGACAGGCACCCCGGCCCACGCCAGGGACAGAGGGGAGGUGGAAGAGAACUGAGACAGACCGGGAGACAUGGUUUGACGGUGGUACUGGUG